AAACUCAAGGCAUCAGUGGUUUAGAGCUCAGUCUGUUGAGGUGGCCGGCUUUUGAACCAUGCCCCAGCCUGAGCCCCGGGACAGCUAAGUCCGCAGAGAGAGGCACAUCUUUUGGGGAAGUAGGGCCUUUGACUAAAGCCUUGUGUUGUGAUUCACAGCAGCAGCAGGACAGGAGGAGUGAGUGGAGGGGAGAUCCUCAGAAGACCGGGACAAAGAGACAGAGAGAUGAGUCCUGAGCACUGCAGCUCGGUGAAGACACAACACAACGCACACGUGAAACUAUAACUGCAGGAAAACACCCCCCUCCACUACUGGUAACAAAAAGGGAGGCCUGGAGGGAUCGCCAGCAGCUGUCCAUCUACCCAACCAGCCAGCCAGCAGCAAUGCAGGGGCUGAUGUGGAGCCUGUGUGCCCUGCUCUGCCUCUCUCUCUGGGAAGAAAGUUACUGCAGGAGCUCCAGGGAAGCCCGGAGGCCCAAAGAGCCUUUUCUUCACAGGAGUAAAAGAGCUCCUCAGGAUCCAGACGCUAAAAAAUGUUCCUAUACAUUCCUGGUCCCUCAACAGAGAAUCACAGGACCGAUCUGUGCCAGCACCACAGGUCCUGAGCCAGACAAGGACAGAGUGACUCGUAUGGACAUUGCAGAUGUCCGGGAGGUGCUCAACAAACAGCGGCGUGAGAUUGAGACGCUGCAGCUGGUGGUCGAUGUGGAUGGUAACUUGGUGAAUGAGAUGAAGUUGCUGCGGAAGGAGAGCAGGAACAUGAACUCCAGGGUGACCCAGCUCUACAUGCAGCUGUUGCAUGAGAUCAUCAGGAAAAGAGACAACUCUUUGGAGCUAGCCCAGCUGGAGAACCGUGUCCUCAAUGUGACCUCUGAGAUGAUGCGACUGGCUUCAAGGUACAAGGAGCUGGAGGGCCGAUUCGCCACAAUGGCUGGGGUGGUGAACAACCAGUCUAUUCUCAUCUCUGCACUGGAGGAGCAAUGUCUGAGGACGCUGGGACGGAGCGAGCUGCCCCCAGUUCCCCCACUGGUGCAGGUGGUACCGCAAAAUAUACCAGUUAACAACCGUUUCACCAAUGAGAUACAGAGGGACAAUAACAACAGGGCCUUCCCCCGAGGAUCACGCAUGGAGGCACCUACUGCAAGCCCUUUUGGGAUUGAUCCUCCUCCACCACAGGGAACGCUCACCUCUGAUGGUCCUUUCAAGGAUUGUUACCAGGUACGUCAGGCAGGUCACACCACCAGUGGGAUGUACUUACUUAAAACAGACAGCAGUGAUCGACUGAUCCAAGCAUGGUGUGAACACAGCCUUGACAAUGGAGGAUGGACGGUGUUGCAAAGGAGGAGAGAUGGCUCUGUUAACUUCUUUCGAAACUGGGAGAACUACAAGAAAGGCUUUGGUAACAUAGAUGGUGAACACUGGCUUGGGCUGGACAACAUCUACAACCUUGGGAAACAGGGCGAUUAUAAGCUUAUGAUAGAGCUGGAAGAUUGGACGGGAAAGAAGGUUUACGCCGAGUACAGCAGCUUCCACCUGGAGUCUGAGAGCGAAGGUUACCGACUGAGGUUGGGCACCUACCAGGGUAACGCUGGAGACUCCUUCAGCAGUCACAACGGCAAACAGUUCACCACGCUCGACCGUGAUAAAGAUGCCUUUUCCGGUAACUGUGCCCAUUUCCAUAAGGGUGGUUGGUGGUACAACGCUUGCGGUCAGACCAAUCUGAACGGUGUAUGGUACAGCGGGGGAGUUUACCGCAGCAAAUUUCAGGAUGGAAUCUUCUGGGCUGACUACGGGGGAGGUUUCUACUCCCUCAAGUCGGUGCGUCUCAUGAUCCGACCGAUCGACUGAACCUUGAACUGUGCUUCCCUUCAAAUGCACCUCAAUCUGCGUCAUUAUCUUGUGUUUCUACCUAUAAAUAAAUAUUGUUAAGGCAGAAUCAGGAAUCUCUGCCGUUGUUCAACUGCGCAAUCCAAACGAAAGAGACAGUGGCGUAAGUUUGUGGCCAGACGCCAACAACUCCUGCGUAGUGGCUAGUUCACUCCAAUGCUAAGAUAAAGAUGGAUGCCAUUCCUUGACUUUAGCAACUGCACGUAUCAGUUUGGACAGUAAUGGUCCAUCAAGCCCCCUGGCAUUCAGUAUUAUUCUCCUGUGUCCUAUUUUACGCACUAUUUUUGAGACUCAGUAUGUAAUAAAGGGAAAUGGUAAUUUACUAGAGACACAAGAUUUCUUCUGAGCAGCUAAUGGUGACUUAUUGAAAGUAGUGUUUCCCAUACCACGGGGGCAUUGGUUAUACUGGGAUGUUUAACCUUAGUAGCAUGAAAAUUGAAGUCAUACUGACAGUUAGACAAUCAAAUGGUGAGGGGAAAGGCCUUUGCUGGACCUACUGUCCACUUGUUCUGGGAUUUUCAGGACUUCUGGGGUUUCUCACAACCCGUAACAGAAAGUGAACUCAUGUGACAAUGUGCUUGUUCAAUGUGCAUAUGGCUGAGCUGGCUUUGGUAUGUAAAUAUCUUUGGCUUUAUUUGUGAAAGUUAAUUUAAGAGGUGUGAUUCAACUCAGGCCAAAUGUUCACAAUGUUGUUACUCUGCCAUUCUUUGUUAUUUAUCUGUGUAUUUAUAGUAAGUAUAGUCAUGGCCAUUUUAUAUCUGGCUUUGUAACAAUACAAUCUUUAACAUUUUUGUUUUUAAUCCCAUGUAGAGAUACAUUAGUAACACUUGAACAGAAGCACACACAAAGAUAGCAGAAUAAACAAAUCCAGAGUGGAUGUCUAGUUGACUUGAGGAUGGAGAACAUGUGACAUGCACUGCUAGCCAUCCAAGAAAAAUUAAAUUCUUUGACAAACAUUAAACUGUCUUUCCCUUUUCUCUAA